AUGCUGACAGAGAGUUUUGUCGCGGCCACAUUGACGACAAAGGCUCCAGUUACCAACACCAGUGCGGCAUUGAAAGAUGUUGGUAUAUUCAAACACGAGCUCUGGCCUCAGAACACUUUCCGCCAGGGUUUCAAGAAAAGUUCAAGUCGCUCAGGAUGUGCCGCAAUCAGUGCAACACACGUCUUUACUGCGCAGGCGGAGAAAGCAGUUGUGAAUGUCUACAGCCGAGAACGAGGAAACCAAGAAGCAACUGUGCCGUUUCCAGAGAAAUUGUCUCGCAUCGCAUUCGCAGGAGGGGCGGCAGUCCUAGUCCUUGGAACCGAGGAAGGGCGACUGAUCUUGUGGGAAGUUGCUACCGGGAGACUGUCAACUUCAUCUGCCGCGCAUUUACAAGGGAUCUCGUCACUGUGCAUCACUCCAGAGGAUGAAUACAUUAUCUCGGGCUCUGGAGAUACGCAGAUCCAUGUCUGGUCACUUGCAAGUCUCAUUUCAUUUAAACAUCGUUCUGAUGGUUUCGGGAACGAGGAACCUUCCAAAUCACCCAUUCGUUCCUUCUCCAUCCAUCGAAGUGGGAUCUCCGCCAUUCAGUGUGGACAUUCGACCAGCAGUACAAACUUGGUGGUCUCUGGGUCGCUUGAUGGCACAUGCCAUGUAUGGCAUGUGGACACAUGUCAACUCCUGCGAACAAUACUUUUGCCCACCCCAGCAAUUUCAAUCGCCAUCGACCCAGCAGACCGAGUGUUUUACUUUGGGGCGCAAAGUGGCGAUAUAUUUUCCUGGGCUGUCUAUCAAGCGUCCCACAAUGGAAUUUCUAGCCUAGACCCUUCUACUACGGAAGCUGCUCGCGAGAUUACCAUGAAGGAUCGCUGGACGACACCUUCAUCGGACCUGGGACCCGCAAAUUGUUUAUCUUUAUCCUAUGACGGGUCUUCUCUCCUCUCAGGCCAUAGCAAUGGCGCUGUCUUACGAUGGGACACCGGCAAAAAGCGAAUAUCCGGAGAAGUCACGAAUUUGGGACAAUCGGUCACCUGGAUUCAAACUCUUCACCCCGAAGGCUUGCUGAAUGCUAAGGCUUUGGAUUAUAACAUCCCAGAGAUUGUAAAGCCUAACCUGGAACUUUCCGCACAGACGGACAAUGGGUCUUGCGGUGUACCGUCAAAGUAUGGCCUUCAUGCUAGAAUACCGCCGAGAGCCAAGGGGAACGUUAACUGUGUCGAUGAGGCCUUGAGUGGUUCUGGCUUCCCUCAAUCAAUGAUUGAGGAUGCCCUCAAUAGCCUGCGAAACGGCGGGACAACAUCGAUGUCGGGAUCGAACGAAGCCGCCACAAGUUCUCAUACCGAAAGAUUGGAGUCAGAAAUCUCGAGACUGAAGCAGCAGUUGGCGGCCAUUAACCACUCUGAACAACGUCGCAUGGAACGGAGGCUCGUGAGGUCAGAGAAGCGAAAGGCACUUGGUUUGAAAAAGAGAGAGGCCUAUUUCGCCGCCAAAAAAGAGGGCAGGGACGGAGAUGCUGCAAUGAAGCAGUGGGAAGAGAAAGAAAAAGCGAUUGACGCUGAAAGUGAUGAUGACGAACUUGCGGAUGACAUGGACACAGAAUGAACAUUGACCACGUCAAUGGCUUGAAGUUCGAAGAGCAGUUGGGGAUGGAUUUUGUGUCUGCUGGCUGGAAAAUGCGCAUCAUACGAAUUCCACGGGAACACUUCGAAGCGACGGCAUAUGGUCCAAGUGACCAAAGUCGGAAACCGAAUAUAUCUUGGGAUUCUGGCAGACAAAUCUCACUGCCACGUAAGAGCUCCUGGGUCAACGAUACCUCCCGCAAUUGCUCUUUUUGAGAUCUCGGGGCAGCUGGAUUACCGGCGCUAGAUGAAUGCUUCAAGAUAAUGUAGCAACACCAUACUGUACAGUACGCAAGGACUGUGAUGGGAUUCAUGAAAGGCAACUUCUUGGAAAUAACAUAAUACUAC